UCGGGAACCGCUCAUGAUAAGAGUGUUUGUUGUGAUUGUUUCGUGUGGUGAGUGAAGCGCGCGCAAUAAAAGUGUUAGUAGAUAGCCGCCGAUCGGGCAGUGAAAGCUGUGAUUUUUUUUCUGUGAACUUUGGGGACACUUGCUAGGGUUCUGGUGUUCUUGCUAUUGGGAGCUUUAUCAUAGCCUGCCUAAAUUAUUAUUGUUUCAUCCGUUACAAGCACACGCCUACAUGAGAAAUCGGCAUCUGUUAGCGCAUUUCGUCGACUAAAUUUAGCCGAAAUAGUCUUUCUCUUUUUAAUUCUAGUGGAAAGAGUUCUACUACAAGAUGACGGCUACCAAUCCAAUCCUCGCCUGUGCAGUUUUCGGGUUGGCAACGCUGGUAGCACUAACCUGCUGUGCCAGUGUUUCCGUAACAGAAACCACUUACACCAACUACCGGUUGCCCAAAGCUCUCCGACCGGAACACUACAGCCUGCAAGUUCUGACUCAUCUAGGUGAUGAACGGGGAUUCCUUUUCACUGGACGUGUACUGAUUAGGAUGAUCUGUGACGAAGAUGUCACCAAUGUCACCCUGCACUCCAAGAAUCUGACGAUUGCCGAGAAGGACGUAAAACUGACCGAACUUUCACCGGGUGAACCAAAACCGAUUGAAAUCAAGCGUGUUCAGUACAUCACUGAUAACGACUACGUGGUAUUCCACGCGAGUGAACAUAUGAAGAAAGGUAAACAGUACGAGAUUAGCAUCCCCUUCGAAGGCCCCUUGGGAACCGGACUAUUAGGAUACUACCGCAGCAGCUACGUGGAUCAACGGACGCAGAAAAAGAUCUGGCUCUCGGUCACUCAGUUUGAACCGACUCACGCCCGUAAUGCUUUCCCCUGUUUUGACGAACCGGCUAUGAAGGCAACUUUUGAUGUUUCCCUGGGACAUCACAAACAGUACACUGCUCUCAGCAACAUGCCGAUCAAUCGAACGGAGCCGAUGACCUCGACGAACGCAGACUGGGUGCUGGAUCACUUCGACACUACGGUACCGAUGUCAACCUACUUAGUGGCCUACUCCGUGAACGAUUUCGAGUAUCGUGAGGCCAGCACCAAGAUGGAUGGAGAUGUCGUGUUCAAAAUCUGGGCUCGUCGUGAUGCUAUCGACCAGACGGACUACGCUCGGGACGUUGGACCACGAGUAACUCGUUUCUACGAGGAAUACUUCGCGGAAAAAUUCCCACUUCCGAAGAUUGAUAUGAUCGCAAUUCCGGACUUCUCAGCGGGAGCUAUGGAAAAUUGGGGUUUGAUAACGUACCGUGAAACGGCUCUUCUUUACCAUCCGAACAUCUCGACGGCAAGCAACAAACAUCGAGUUGCUUCGGUGAUCGCGCACGAGCUGGCACAUCAGUGGUUCGGAAACUUAGUUACGAUGAAAUGGUGGACCGAUCUUUGGCUGAACGAGGGUUUCGCUACCUACGUUGCCAGUUUGGGUGUGGAAUACCUACACCCGGAGUGGCAUUCGCUCGAGGAAGAGUCGGUUGACAACACGCUUGGAAUUUUCAAGUUCGAUGCAUUGAUCAGCAGCCAUCCGGUGUCGGUUGAAAUCGGCCAUCCGAAUCAGAUCUCGCAGAUCUUUGAUGCCAUUUCGUACGAGAAAGGAUCCACGGUUAUUCGAAUGAUGCACCUUUUCCUGGGCGAGGAAACAUUCCGCAACGGCGUCCGUCGUUAUCUUAAACGUCACAAGUAUGCCAACGCCGAACAAAAUGAUCUGUGGGCUGCCCUUACAGAGGAAGCUCGUGAAAAUGGUGUACUGCCGAAGGAAGUUGACGUCAAAACGGUGAUGGAAUCGUGGACUUUGCAAACUGGGUAUCCGGUCAUCGAGGUAACACGUGAUUAUGAAACUGGAACGGCCGACAUUACUCAGGUACGAUUCCUGUCCGAUCGAGAACAACAGCAAAAUUUCACCGAUUACUGCUGGUGGAUACCGCUGACGUACGUCAGCUCAGAGAACCCGGACUUUGAACAUACACGAGCCAGAGAUUGGAUGAUGUGCGGAGCGAAUGAUCUACGCAAAGAACCCGUUAAAAUGCUGGAUGAUCUGCCCGGCAAGGAUGAUUGGGUCAUGUUCAACGUACAGCUGGCGGGUUUGUACAAGGUCAAGUAUGAUAAGGCGAAUUAUCGGUUGAUUGUUAAACAGCUGAACAGUGGGAAGUAUAACGUUAUAAGCUUGGCCAAUCGAGCCCAGUUGAUUGACGACGCCAUGGAUCUGGCCUGGAGCGGAGAACAGGAAUAUGGAAUCGCAUUUGCUAUGAUGAAUUAUCUACGGCAAGAAACUGAAUAUAUCCCAUGGAAAUCGGCUCUGAGUAACUUCAAUACGAUUAAUCGGCUACUUAAGCGAACUCCGAUUUACGGAGUAUUCCGGAGCUACAUUCAGUUCAUCAUUGAACCAAUCUACGAACGGUUGCAAAUUUUCAGCGAGGAUCGUGUUGUAAGCGAACGGCUUGACUCGACUAAGCAGCUGGUCCAAAUUGCAGCAUGGGCUUGCAAGUUUGAUGUAGGUGAUUGCGUUCAGCGGUCGGUUGCUCUAUUCGCCAGUUGGAUGGCCGUUGAGGAUCCCGAUUCGAGCAACCCGGUUCCAAGGGAUCUCCGCUCGGUGGUGUACUGUAAUGCGAUCCGUAACGGGAAGGAAACCGAGUGGAAUUUCCUGUGGAAGCGCUAUCUGAACAGUAACGUCGGUUCGGAGAAGGUUAUGAUUAUUGGAUCGUUGUCAUGCACCCGGGAGAUUUGGCUGGUCGAGCGGUUUCUGCAGUGGUCGCUCAACAGUACCUCGGGAGUGCGCAAACAGGAUACCACCAUUCUGUUUAGUGGGGUGGCCAAGAGUGAUGUGGGAUACCAUUUGGCCAAGAGCUUCUUCGUGGACAAUGUGCAGCAAAUUUACAGCUACCUCUGGCCAGACACAUCCCGCCUGUCCCGCUAUCUGAAACCACUGGCCGAGGAAAUGUCGACAGCAAAGGAGCUAGAAGAACUGAAAGAUCUUAUCGACAGCAAGCAGGCCGUGUUCGAGAAGGCUACCCAAGGUGUCAAGCAGGCACUGGAAAUGGUCGAAAUCAAUCUACAGUGGAAGUCCACCAGCUAUCAUCAGAUGGCGCGGUACCUGCCACAGUUGACCUACCGUACCACCAGUCUGGACGUGACGGAGCUCAUCUAGUAUUGGGUUUUGAUCGUUUAAGAUCACUCGUUUCCUGCUUGAUAUAUGUGUUUUGGUGUUCCGUCCGCACCCAUGCUCGUCCUGUGUUGUUAUUGUGCCGUAUAUUUCUUUUUGUGCUAGUUCUAGAAAUAAAACAAAAAAUUACAUUAAA